AUGGCGGCGGCUCAUCAACCUAAAGAGGAAAACUCUUGUGAGAAUGAGUCUGACACCAGUGAAAAGUUUGACAGUGAGGGACAAUCAGAUGACGAAGAAUCAGAAGAUGGACAAUCAGAUGACGAACAAGCUGAUGACGGACACUCAGGUGUAAAAGUUCCUCGUCAGGGGAAAGAGCCCUGCAAGUAUUACAACAGUGGUGGCUGUCGGGAUGGUGGUAGUUGCUCUUACCCUCACGUCUGCAAGUAUGCCGUGAAAGGAAACUGUCGCUACGGGUCCGGCUGUAAGCUGAACCACCCCAGAGGUGGAAGGGCGUCCUCUGGUUCAAGCAACAGGACUUCAGGACAUUCAACAUCAAGUGGCCCAAAGCUUACUGAUGGCCGGUGCUACCAGUGGCAGCUGAAAGGUGGAAAAGACUGGCUUGAUAUUGAUAAUGAUCACAUUAUCGAGGCCCAGUACUCGCUGCCCCACACCAAAAGCAUUAAAAUCUACGGCACACCUUAUGGGGCAAUAAGUAUAGAUUUAAACAGGAUGAGAGUGUAUGGAAAGAGUCUGAGUGUGAGACGCUUGGAUGAUGGAAAAUCUGUGUGGAUGUGGUACUGCAGCUUGCGCCGGAAGUGGAUCAAGUAUGGAGACAAGGAUUCAAAGGGCAACAUCAGCCCUGUGAAGAGCUCUGACAUAGAGAGCAAGUUCCAAAGUAACCCAACAGGCUCUUUUACCUUCAACAUUGGCGCUGACACCUUUGAGAUCAGAUUCAAAGACAUGCAACAGGUGUGUAAACAGACAAUGAGGAAAGUUACUCGCCGCCCAGUGUACCGACAAAAGCAAGCAGGAGGAGGGGCUUCUCAUGCAGUCCAAGCAUUGCACAGUCUUUCUCUGGGCACCACACCACAGUGGCAGUUUGAGGGAGACGGUGGAACAUGGCACGAGUUCAAACACAGGAUGGGCACUAAAACUGAAAGCUCGGUAACCAGUGAUGACAUUGAGAAGAAGUACCAGCAAAACCACUGCGACAGCAUUAUCUUCAAAGUGAAUGGAAAUUCAUACAAGCUGGACCUUGGAGCGAUGAUUCAAACCAACCUCAAAACCAACCGAAAACGCAAAAUCAGACGUGUGCUGGUAUGAACAAUAAAGGGGAUUUCGAAGACCUCAAGAAGAAAGUCUACAAACAAUUGUGCAAUAAUAGCAUACAUUAUACAACUAAUCGGUGCUUCAUGCACGGGGAAGAAGUUUGACUUCAGUGCUUUCUGGCAGAAAUGCUUUCUGCAUUUCUCACUAAACCUAACCAAGUGUCUAAACCAAGUAGGUUCUAAUAGUUUUUAAUUGAAUUGGUUCUACAUCUGUGUUUACAUUAGAAAGGUGUUCAGGAUACUGAUUAUUUUUGUGAUUUUUUAAAAACAUGGUUGCCAUAGGGUAUUGUGUCAAAGGGCUUUGAAGUUCACCAACUGGGUACUUAAAUUCUAACUGAUGAACUUGAACUCAGAUUAUGUAAUGUAAACUUGCCUUUAACAAAAUUAUUUGUAAUGUAAUGACUUACUGCACACUGCCUACCGGGGGGAUGCAAUUGUUGUUUUGUUGGCAAAAAUGAAGAAGAGGGGAUUUGGAAGACCUAAUGAAUGAACUAUUGUGCAAUAAUAGCAUACAUUUUACAAUAAGUAAUCUGUGCUUUUUGCAGUGGAAAAAGUUUGCCUUUAGGGUUUCUGCGUUUCUUUUUUCCGAAACCUAACGAAGUGGUUUUGGUGCCUAAACCUUGCCAAGUUAGUUAGUUAGUUAGUUAGUUAGUUGAUUUGGUUCUGUAGCUGUGUUUAAAUUAGAAAGGUGUUCAGUAUAAGGUGAAAUUAUACUAAUGAUGAUUGUUGUGGUUUUAAAAAAUGUGGUUGCCAUAGGGGAUUGUGUCAAAGGGCUUUGAGGUUUACCAACCUGCACCUAAAUUCUGCAUGACGAACUUGCACUCCAAGUAUGUAAUGUAAACCUGCCUUUUACCAAAUUAUUUGUAAUGUAAUGACUUACUGCACACUGCCUACCGGGGGGAUGCAAUUGUUUUGUUGGUAAAUCUGAAGAAGAAUUUAAGAUAUGGAACAAACAACUGAUGACACAAAUAGCUGAUGUUAUGUUGUAGCAUAUCUACAUACGGCCUUCGGAUGUAAUAGAAUUGAACAAUUUAGAUGAAUUCUAAUGCAAUUUCAAGUCCAUUUCUAAACAGCAUUAUGCUGUGUAUGCACAUUACCUUUGAAGUGUUUAACAUGACCCAGUUACAUGGUUACAUUAUGCAAUAAUGAUCUGUAAUUCUUCGGGUAAUUUAUAUAAUGUUUUCCUCAUGAUUAGACGUCAAGUCUGGGAUCUUCAGUUUAAUUCUACUUCAUACUUAUUCUCUUUUGUACAAAUGUACCAGAGAUCAUAAUAAAUAUCCUGUAAUCGGAAUUGAAAAUUAUCAUUUUUAGCAAAUAAAA